AAUGCUGUAUUAUAUAAUAUGUUUUAAGAUAUAAACUGAUCUUAAAUGCAUCAUUGUGCAAAUGAACUGUAUUUAUGGAAAACAAUAAACUUUUUAAUACUAUAUCAUGUGUCCUAUUUUCCAUCACGAAAGCUAUCUUUUUAAUGUUCAAAUAUUUCUGGCUUGCAUUGCAAAACCUGCAAACUUUGCUCUAAUUGGAUUAGUUGGCUCCCAGGAGAUCUUUGCAGAAGUGCUGGCAGUGUUGUGAUAGAACGAGCAUCUGUCUGUGCCAGUAAACCAACGGCUCUUUCCUGUUUUUAUGUCCCUCUUAACCGAAUAACAGUCAAAUAUGUUUUUAGCACACUGAUACUUUAUGGUGUAUAACAAAAAAGAAAAACAAUAUUUUCUUUUCAGCGUAUCAUGGGAAAAAUUAAUAAACACAAAUAGCAAUUGUGUACUUGCAUACUGUCUGCACUUCAGAUAAUCUUUACAUUCCAGUGAAAAGAAGUUAAUCCAAUAUUAUAUUAUAUUGUAUUAUAUUAUAUUACAUUAUAUUACAGAAGUCAAACUAGCAAAGCACUGCAUCUGUGGAUAAAAAGAUAAAAGAUAUAAAAUGUAUAAAAACUAUGUAGACAAAAAUAAAAUAAUAUAAAUAAUAAAAACUACAAAACACGUAAACGAUAAUUGAAGUAAAAUUAAAUAUGAAAAACAUUCUCAAUUAUGUAGUUUAACUUGUAAUGUACUAAAAUAGAAACUGAAAUAAAAAAUUUGUGGACAAAAAUAAAAUAAUAAAAAUUACAAAACACAACAAAAUGACUAAAUCUUUAACUAAAAUUGAAAAGAAAAUGGAAAGUAUGAAAUAAAAUUGACUAAUUAAAUAAUAAAUAAAAUUAUUAGCUCUCAGUGAUAGUAAAAUGAAACCGCUGCAAACACCACUAUUAAUUUUAUAAUAUAUAUUAAAAUACAUUUUUAAAGAUUUCUGUUAAUAUUAAAAACAUGAAUUUCCUAAAAACAUGAAUUUCCUCAUCUACCCUGUGAAGGAAUCAACAGUGUAAUGCUUGAUUGCUUUAAAAUGGACCAUCUGCACGCGGCAUAUGAGCACAUGGGACGUUCUUCCUUCAACCGUCAACCUCAACCUUCAUAAGAGUCAACACUGAAUCAAAUCAAGCUUCACUGACUCUAGAGGGAAACUAUAUCUCAGACAGCAUUCGCUCACCCACUAUACAUACAAAGAAAUUCAAUGAAACAGAAAAGAAAUGAACAACAGUAGAAAGGCAACUAGUGUGGUUAUCAUUAUCAUCUCUCUUCUUCUGCUGCGCAUUGCUUCAGGUGAGAAGGACCCGAUGAACCAGAUGUUUAGCAGAGGACUUCGACUUAUCGUGGAAGUUCCUCGCAUCCGUGUUGAUCGCCAGGCGACUCCGAAAGUGCAUAUUCUUCUCCCUGCUGGAGUUCAGAAGCAGCGUUCAGAGAGAGUGAUGCUGGCGUGUGUCAUCACCGGCUUACAGUCUAAAGCGGUGAGGAUCACAUGGAAGGUAAACGGAGCAACAGGUCUGAAAAACCGCACCAGCUCUCCACAAGUGCACCGAGAGCCUGGAGGCACAUUCUCGGCCGUGGGACUGUACUCGGUUCUGGCUCAGAAAUGGAGUGGUGAGAAUAGGUACAGGUGUGAGGUGACAUACAAAGCAGCGUUUCACUAUGAUAAGGCAGAGUCGUCUCUCUGCAGUCCUCCUGAGGGACUGUAAUUGCAUGAGAUCCAUCUGCUGACCGCUGAGCUGGAGAAAAAUCUGAAGAGACAACAUCUUGUUAAAAGAAUUCAGAAUUGUUGUAUUGUCACAUUAUUUUGAUGAUGAUGACCUCCCAAAUUGUCAUUAUAGCUGAUGCAUUUAGACAUUUAAUGCAAUAGUUUUUAGGUGAACAGCAAAAUAAAAUACUAAUGAUACAUAUAAACAUGUAAUGAUUUAUAUAAAAACAGGCUUCAUUUCUUUAAACAUAGUAUUAUUAUUAUCUUAAAUUUGCCAUCAAAACUGACUGUAUAUACUGUUUGGUUUUGUUUCAUUAUUGUUUCUUUGGUUAGCUAGCCACAUUAUUCUGUUUUAAUGCGAAGCAAACAAUUAAAGUUUCAAUUAAAAAUUUUAAUAA